UUAAAUCACAGACAGGCACUGGCACUCUGCAGUGGUCUCUCUUUGUCCCUCUGUCCAUCCAGCUCUGAAGGCGUUACACAGCCUCCUGAUUCCACAGCUGAAGGACGUGCCGAGGCCCUCGCCCAAGGCCUGUAUCAGUCGCCACAGACGCACCCCCCACUGACACGGUUCCCUGCUCUAAGAGAUCUGGCACUGCAAAAGAAAAGGGUGGGGAAAUGCCGAACCAAAUGAGAGACGAGCCAGCAGGGAUAAACUUGACAUGUGGCAUGUCUGGAAGCCACGAGUUCAUCUUCACCCUAGUGCCUAUCGUCUACGCCUUCAACUUUGUCAUUGGCAUCAUCGGAAACAGCAUGGUGGUAGCAGUCAUCUACUGCUACAUGAAGCUCAAAACUGUGGCCAAUAUUUUUGUCCUCAACCUCGCUGUGUCUGAUCUCACCUUUGUUAUCACUCUGCCCAUGUGGGCAACCUUUGCAGCCAUGGGUUACCACUGGCCUUUUGGAGGGUUCCUGUGCAAGACUGCCGCUGGACUGGUUAUGUUCAACCUCUACACAAGCAUCUUUUUCCUCACAGCCCUAAGCAUUGACCGUUACCUGGCCAUUGUGCACCCGGUGCGGUCCCGGCGGUUUCGCACCGUGGUGUACGCACACAUCACUUGUGUGAUGAUCUGGCUGUUUGCCUUUUUGCUUAGCGUUCCCAUAGCCUUGACCAGGGAUGUUCACUACAUUGAAAACUCUAAAACUAUAGUUUGUGGCACUCUGCACCCAAUCGACAAAGACGACAAAAGGCUAAACAAUUUCCUCCUGUGUAUCAGCCUCAUGAAAAGCCUGCUGGGUUUUCUGAUACCUUUUGUCAUCAUUAUCACUUGCUACUGUCUUAUUGGGCGGGCCCUGCUAAGGGGGAAGCAUAUCCAGAAAAGCUCCUGCUCCCGAGAUGACGAGGUGCUGCACAUGCUUGCGGCAGCUGUUCUGGCCUUCUUUCUGUGCUGGGCACCCCACCAAGUAUUUCACUUCAUGCAGAUGCUCACUCAGCUUAUCUUGGCUAACAACUGCACCAUCCUGGAAAUCAUUGACACUGCCAUGCCGUUCACCAUUUGCAUUGCCUAUUUCAACAGCUGCGUCAACCCCAUCGUAUACAGUUUUGUAGGGCGCAACUUUCGCAAGAACUUACUGAGACUGCUGCGAUGCUCUCCAGGCGGAGUUGCAAGGCCUCAUCCUAGCAUCAGCUCUAAGAUGAGUGCUCUUUCUUUCCGUGCCUCUGAAGCACUGAGCCUCACAGUCAAGAACAGCGUUUCCUGCGAGGUCAAAUGACAAUGACCAAAGACAGAAACUGUGAACGGAUGAGUUGUCCUCCUUCUUGGUCUGUGGUAAAGAGGCUGAAAACUGAGACGUCCAAAGCGUUAAAACCUCAGAUGUAAAAUAGGAGCAGUGGAACAUUUAAAAGAAAAAGACCAAAAAACAAUCACUACCUUAUUAUGUUGAAAAUUUGGCACUCCAUACUGUCCUACUCAUAUUUUGUAAAACAUAAACUUUAAUAUAUUUUAGCAGCGUGACACAAAGGAGUUCUUUUUUGUAAAGUGGAAGGAAAAUGAUACUUACAUUUUUGCGAUGAAUGAAAAUCUAAAAUAAAUGGCAUAAAUUUUGUAUUCAAGUUCCCUGACUAAGUUUUCAGUAGAACUAACUUUUGUUGAAAACACAAUGCUGCCACCACAGUGUUUAAGCAUGGGGCAUGAUGUGUCCAGUGUGUCCGUUUCCACAAGUAGCCUUUUCCACGUGACCUGCCUCCAACAGGGCAUGGGACACACUACUAAUUUGAUUUUAUUAGUAGUCAUUCCCUCAUCUUCAUGAUGCUGUUAAUUCAAUAAUGUUGUCUAACCAGCCUAGAAUUGUCAAUGUGAAAUGAUUCUCUGUUGGACUCCAUUUAAUCAUUAGAUGGCUUUUGAAAGGAGUUGUCUGAGCUGGAUUUUAUUUGGGGCUUCAGAGUAAAGACAGCUGAAAACACUUUUUAUGCCAUAUUUCUAGGUUUUUAUUCGUUUGAUUUUAUGUUCCAUUUCACAAGUAUGCCUUACUUUGGUUUGGUCUGUCACAUAAAAUCAUAAAAUGUAAAUAAGUUAUCUUGAAGUUUGUGCCUGUAAUGUAAUAAAAUGUCAAAAGAAAAUUUAAGGGAUUACUUUUUGGCAAAGGUACUAUAAUCAUCCACCAACAUUACAUUCCCAAGAAUAAAUCUCUAAUUAUAUUUUGGAAUUUGUACCACCUCUGAAUAACUCCUGAAACUACUGUAGCUACAUAAGAUAGCAUUGCUCUGCCAGAAAAGGUUUGUGACUAAUUAAAGCUCACUUAUCCCAUUAUUUAUAAAAGAUGUGCAUGUUCUGCAGGAUUUUGUCAGUGCUGUGUCCUGAUGAAACAGCGCAGUUAUGUAUUGCAGAAACUUUGAUGUGCAUUCUGUGUGCUCAGCAGGUUUUCCAAAUGCUUUCAUCAGUGAUCAAGUGUUCGGAUCCAACCCUGCAUGCUCUGCCUCAAAAUGAUAUUGUCAUGUAAAUUUAAAUAUGUAAUAUAUGAGGCUGAGAUAAAGUGAUAUUGCUUUGUGAUGGUGACAAUUUGUGUAAAAAUGUAUAUGUGUAUGCUAAAGUUCAAUGUUGGGUGAUAUUUUUCUUUGUGGUAAGUAUAUGUGAUUUUGUUUUUUUUACUCUGUAUGUGUAAAUUUUGUGACUAAAUAUGAGACCAGAAGUAAAAUUAAAACAUAUCGAUGA